UUAAAAAGGGCUGAGAAACACUUCCGUGUCACUGCCCUUUUACUCGGCCGCCUUUGUUUCAAACAAUCCGAUGGCAUCAUCCUAGGACUAUGGGCCGCCUUUGUUUUAAUGUUGCCUUCAAACAAUCCGAUGGCACCGCCUUUGUUUUAAUGUUGCCUUCAAACAAUCCGACGGCAUCAUCCUAGGACUAUGGGCCGCCUUUGUUUUAAUGUUGCCUUCAAACAAUCCGAUGGCAUCAUCACUAGAUUCACUGCAAAGGCGAUACAUAAACAAAUGGAAUUUGUACACGCAAUGUCGCAAUAGAAUAUAUAGGGAGUUUAUUUCCCCUUUUAAUUCAUUCUUAUUUAUUAUCAGAUUAUCAAUUUUUCUUUGCUUUACUUUUUUCCCUCUAAGAGCUGGUGCCUACUUUCUCUGGAGAUUCUGAACCGCAUUGAUGGCAUGCCAAGUCGCGGACCACCUCGAGCCAUGGCAAGACCUGGAGGGCAAGGUGGUCUUGGUCACCGGCGCUUCCUCGGGUCUCGGCAGCGAGUUCUGCCUCAACCUCGCCAAAGCCGGCUGCAAGAUAGUGGCGGCCGCCCGCCGAGUUGACCGACUCAAGUCUCUCUGCGACGAGAUCAACAACCUCACCCACUCGAACCUUCCUCCAAACGCUGACAGGCCUGUCCGAGCCGUAGUAGUCGAACUUGACGUCACCAGCGGUGGCUCCUCCAUCAGCGCCUCCGUUCAGAAGGCUUGGGAGGCCUUUGGACGUAUCGAUGUUUUGCUAAAUAAUGCGGGCAUUAGAGGCAAUGUGAACUCUCCUCUGGAUAUAUCUGAGGAGGAAUGGAACAAUACUCUGAAGACAAACUUGACGGGAUCAUGGUUGGUGUCAAAAUAUGUCGGUAUGCGCAUGAGGGAUGCCAAGAAUGGAGGAUCAAUCAUCAAUAUUUCUUCCAUUGUUUCUCUUAAUCGGGGACAGUCACCUGGAGCAGUAGCCUAUGUGUCUUCCAAGUCAGGCUUGAGCGCCAUGACAAAGGUAAUGGCUUUGGAAUUGGGGGCAUACAAUAUUAGAGCGAAUGCAAUAGCACCUGGAAUAUUCAAAUCGGAGAUAACUGCGGGCCUUAUGCAAAAAGACUGGCUCAACACUGUGGUUCAGAGAACAUGCCCCUUGCGGGCCUAUGGAACAUCGGACCCUGCAUUGACAUCCCUGGUGCGAUACUUGAUUCAUGAUUCUUCACGAUACAUAUCAGGUAACGUUUUCAAUGUCGAUGCAGGCGCAACCCUGCCGGGUGUUCCCAUUUUCUCUUCCCUUUGAAGCUCUUCUACGGUACUAGUUUUCUUGGGUUAUUCAUCAUGUAAUACCCAAUACAUCUCAGAAUUCUGUUUGUGGUAUAGCCCUAGAAUUUUAAUUUGGAAGGUGAUGGUUCAUCCCGGUACACCACCAUAGACUCCAAAGCUCCUUUAUUGGAUUUCAGACUCUGCAGCUCAGAAUUUGAUUGUCUCAAAAUUAUACUGGGAAAUAAAAUAAGGUAUCCGAUCCCCCAUAUCCUUAUAAUCGUGUUAUUUGUGUGGCUUUUUUUGAGUUCUGGUUGCUGAAAAUAAUGUGGCAAUUGGAAUGAACCCAUUGAAUAUUAAAAUCUACAUCUACUGGGUGUAGUGGUUUCUGCUUGA